GUUGACACCUGGGCCCACCAGAUCGGUCAGCUGCGUUGAAUAAGUCAAACUCGGUAGGAGAAUUUACGACUGUGCCCUUGCCCAUUUAAAGACCCGUGUGGUCUCUCACCACAAUUUCUCUUUCUCCCUCGUUCUCUUUCUCCCUCGUUCUCUUCUCCCUCGUUCUGAAACUAGGGUUAGGUAUUGAAGCUGUUUGAAGCUGGUGUUAUUGAAGUUGUUUUUGCUGAAGACAUAGAUGUUAGCAGAAAGACCAGAGUGUAUUUGGAAGAAAAGUUAUACAUAUUUAGGGAUUCAGAGAUAGUGGUGAUACAGUGAAGAUGAGGUACAAACCGGGAUUGAAACAGUCUGAAUCAAGUCAGUUCAAAUUUAGGAAUAUCAGUGUAUAUGCGGAGCCAAAGAAUGAGACUUUGGUAUUUCCUGAUUGCCAUAGAGAUGAAACAGACUUGAUGACACUUAAGUAUAUGGUGUAUAAGGGUUUGUCUAUGGAUGUUAAAGAGAAGUUUAAUUUAUAUUGGUUUAAGGAAGAAUGUCUGCCACUGCCAUUGUUAAACAAUGAUGAUUUUGAUAAUUUUUGGGAGGAUUCUUUUGUAAAUGAGGAUGGAUGUAUAUGUUUGUGGAUGGGGAUGAAAGACACAGUGUUUGGGACUCCAAAGACUACACCAAAGAAGAAGACAGUUAGUAAGGGAACCACCCCUAGAAGAUCCCCAAGGCUAAAUAGUGUGGAUAAAUCAGUUGAAGGUGCAUCAAGAAAGCUGAGUUUCAUGGAUGUGCCCAUAUCCAAACAUUCUCAGGCUAGUAGCAGUGGUUGCAGUCAGUCAAAAGCUACAAAUGAAGUUAAGUUUGUUGAAGAUGUGGACAAUAUUCAGCUGGAAAACACCAAAGAAGAUGAAUGUCACCCAAUUGAGAAUCCAGAAGCUCCUCCAGUAUAUGACAGUGAUGAAGACAUUGAGUAUGGGUCAGAUGAACAACAAUUUUUCAGAGUCUUUUAACAAUAUGAUCAACAAGAUGAGAAAUAAACCAAUUAUAAUGAUAGGAAUAAUGUAUGCUAACUUAGUGAUGGGUACAUGGUACAAUAGGAGGACUGAAUCUGCAUCAUGGGUAGAUGGUAAUUUGGUUCCUACUGCUGUUACAUUGAUUAAGAAAAUGUUGGAAUUUGUGACUGACUAUGGUGUUGACCCUUGUGUGGCUGGAGAGUUAUAUAUGGUGACUAGUCCAAAGAAUUCUGUGUUCACAGUGAACAUACUUGCCAAGACUUGCUCUUGUUUGCAGUGGCAGUUGAGGGGGUUCCCCUGUAUGCAUGCAGUGAGUGCAUUGCAUAGCAUAAGGCCACAAUGGAGAAAGUACUGCAGUGAUUACUAUUCAGUGGAGAACUAUAAGGCCACAUAUGCACCAACUUUUGCACCACUAGAUGAUAAAAGUGAAUGGGUCCAGCAAUGAAGACUUCAUCUGAGACCCAUUUAAAACCGUCACAAUCUGUACAAGUGAGUGAUCUUUGUUGCAGGUUUGAUUUUGCAGUGGGCAGUUUUUGAAGCAAUGACCAGAUUCUCCGCAAGCGUAACAACCAUUCUCUACUGGUAAUUUCACCAUCUUGCAUUUGACAGGAUCGAUGGCAUCGUCAAACCAUUCAAAGUACUGACAGGGCCUAAUUUAUAUGAAUGAAGCUGAAUCUGACCGUUACAAAUCCAACCGUUACAAAUCCGACCGUUGCAAUGAGUCACCGAGUUGACUCGAUACUGGUUUGGUUACGAACUCAGACGAGGGUUAAGUCGUCUUUUACCUAGCAGGUUAACUGCCACGUAGCCAGUUAACUAUCUAAAUUCGUUUUUUGAAA